GACAGGAAGGGAGGAAGCAGAGGAGGAGAGGCUGGAGGAGGAAGACGAGGAAGAUGAGGAGGAAGAUGAGGAAGAAAUGGUGAGCUGGGCCAGUGUGAGGAUGCAAGGAGACAACAGGAAGCAGCAGUUUGCAGCUGAGGAGGAGCCGGAGGUGUUCGGUCACCUGCUGAAGAGACCGAUGGAAACGUUUUUCGACAACCACCACCCGGCCCUCAAAUCCCCCAUCCUGGUCUCCGGUCCUCGUUUGGCCGCGGAGGACACCUUCAGCCGUCACUUUGAGAGCAUCAUGGAGUCCCACCGCGCCAAGGGGACGUCGUACAACAGCCUGGACAGCGAGGAGCUGCUCACCUCCAGCACCCAAACCGUCCUGACCUUUGACCUGCCCACACUGACGCCCGCCAUCCACGCUCCAGUGUGCCAGAGCGCGAGGCAGAUCGUGCAGCUCAGCUUCGCCCCGCUGGCGCACGACGAGAGGCCGAGCCUGUCCGAUUCCAUCUUCGAGGUGAUGGGGGACUCGGACGCCACCAGAGCGCCCUCCAGCGAGAGGCUGAGCAGCGGGUCGGACGACACGCCGCGCAGAGGGCGGGAGUGCUCUCAGCUGGGGAGCAGCUGGUACAGCAACCUGUCGUUCUCGUUACCAAGCAGGGACAAGGCCCGCCUGGCGACAGACUCGGAGCUGGAUCAGGACCUGAGUGAGCGGCUCGGUCUGGGCAGCAGCGACACCCUCACCAACGGCAGCAACCGUGCCGACGUGGCGGCCGCCAAACGCCUGGCCAAACGCCUCUUCAACUUGGACGGCUUCAGGAAGUCCGAUGUGGCGCGACACCUCAGCAAAAACAACGAUUUCAGCCGGAUGGUAGCAGAAGAGUAUCUGAGUUUCUUCAACUUCACAGGCCUCUCUCUUGAUCAAGCACUGAGGACUUUCCUCAGACAGUUUGCCCUGAUGGGUGAGACUCAGGAGAGGGAGCGGGUGCUGUCACACUUCUCGAGGCGUUACUUGGACAGCAACCCAAGAGUCAUACCAUCAGAGGAUGCGGUCCACACUCUCACCUGUGCCCUCAUGCUGCUGAACACGGAUCUACACGGUCAGAACAUUGGCAAGAGGAUGUCGUGCACGCAGUUCGUCGGCAACCUGGAGGGACUGAACGACGGCCAAGAUUUUCACAAGGAUCUGCUCAAA